GCAGUGUUUCUUUUUGUACCUGUCUGUCUGUCCUAGGCUGAGGUUGGCUGGUUAGUUGGUCGAUUGUGUGGUAUUUGUCUCUUUCUCGUCCUACUUCCCUCCUCCAGGACCUUGCCUCUAUCUCGACGCCUGUGAUUGUAACAUCUUCUCAACCUCCCUGGAGCGAUACAGGAAACCCUGAACAGGUGAUCAUGCUGCCUAAUUGGUCAAACAUGACCCUCCACCUGGAGGACUCUCUGACCCGUGCCCUGGGCCAGUAUCUUGACAACUGGAGCCGGAACUCCUCGAAGGCAGAACAGGCUCUGGACAACACUCUGGCAGAGGAAAACUUCAAGAACGUCAUAUGGUAUCUGAUAGUGAUGAUCGGAAUGUUUGCCUUCAUCGUCGUGGCGAUCCUGGUGAGCACGGUGAAGUCGAAGCGGCGUGAGCAUUCUAACGACCCCUACCAUAAAUACAUCGAGGAAGACUGGACCGCCCAGCUCCAACAGCAGAGCUUCGUCAUCAACAACCCCACGGCCAACUAACCCAAUGUAUAUUCACACGCCAUAUACAAACACCAGUGGUGGAAAAGUACCUAAUUGUCAUACUUGAGCAAAAGUAAGGAUAUCUUAAUAGGGAAUGACUCAAGUAAAAGUGAAAGUCACCCAGUAAAAUACUACUUGAGUAAAAGUCUAAAAGUAUUUGGUUUUAAAUAUACUUUAGUAUCAAAACUAAAUGUAAUUGCUAAAAUAUACUUAAGUAUCAAAAGUAAAAGUAUAAAUCAUUUCAAAUUCCUUAUACUAACAAACAAGACUGCACCAUUUUUUUAAUUUUUAAUUUACAGAUAGCCAGUGGCACACUCCAACCCUCAGAUAUAAUUUAUAAAUGAAGCACGUGUGUUUAGUGAGUCUGCCAGAUCAGAGGCUAAGUGCGUGAAUUUGACAAUUGUUCUGUUCUGCUAAGCAUUCAAAAGGAAAAUGUAUGGAGUAAAAAGUACAUUAUUUUCUUUAGGAAUGUAGUGAAGUGAAGUAGUCAAAAAUAUAAAUAGUAAAGUAUAGAUACCCAAAAAAUCUACUUAAGUUGUACUUCAAAGUAUAUUUACUUAAGCACUUUAACCACUGACAAACACACAUGCACAUAGAGAGGAAUAUGAAUACUGUCUUUUUGUAUUGGACAAAGCCUAUGGGAAAAUGAAUGGAGUUUUUGUAGGGUUUUUAGAAAAAUGCUAAAAAUAAGGUGAACACAGGCUUAGGAGAUUUUAUGUUUUGUUCUAUGAAAUAAUCUUCAUUAACUAACAUAAUUUUUUGUGAAUUUUGAAGCAUUUAGAUAAAAAUAUAUGAUCUCAUAGAACAAAACAUAUAAAAUCUCCUAAGCCUGUUAACCUCAAACCUUAUAUUUCGGCAUUUAUCCCAAAACUCAAUUCUUUCCUCCUUAAUUUUCCCCAUAGGAAUGUCUGAACGAACCAGAGGGAACUCAUUUCCGGGUUUUAGGACUAAAAACUGGUGAGCUCUAUAGUCCGAAAGUCAAAUAAUCUUGUGGUAUCCAUUAGUAACAAAUGUGUUGUAGUGAAUGUAUAACUAAUAUGUUAAUCAUGGAUUGUAUUAAAAAAGUGGAUCUAUCAAUA